AUGUCCGUGCGAGUGGCACAUGCGGGAAUGCAUAUGCAGGGAACACAGCGAUCGCAGAAGGAGCCCUGGCUAUUAUCGUCCACGAUGGUGAAACGAUCGUCGAAGGGCCUGUUUAACAAAGAAACGAGGAACUAUUUGAUGAGCACGCACUUCUGGGGACCGGUGUUCAACUGGAUGAUACCCAUAGCGGCCAUAUCCGACACGCAAAAGCAUCCGAGAAUCAUUAGCGGCAAAAUGACUUUGGCCCUGGCCCUGUCCUCUGCCAUAUUCAUGAGGUUCGCGUGGAAAGUGCAGCCACGGAAUUUGUUGCUGUUGGCGUGCCACUUGGUCAACACUUCUGCACAGCUCGUACAGGGUUACAGGUUUAUCGACUACCACUACUACUCGCAAGAGGGGUCCGUGAAAGAAUAA